AAGAAAGGAAGGGAUGGCAGCUCCCCGUGCGCUUGCUAUGUCGCAGAAUCUGAGCGCCGCUGCGUUUUGAAUUUCGAAGGCCAUUGGUGCCAAAUCUGCGCGUCCUACCCGAGAAGCUGAAGAAUUGUCGAGCUGUGCGGCUUUACUUGAAGUCGUCCAUUCUCGCGCCAUUUUUUUCGACUUGAAUAGAGAUGAUAGUUGUCUGUCUCAAGUUUGAGACCGUAAUUUGAAGAGGGGAACAACCAUGACGACGCAGGCGGUGCAAAUUGGAAGUUGCACCCCUGCUUUCAGUGGUUGUUGUGAAGUGGGGAAAAAUCUGAGACGACCGGGCUGCCAACUGGCCUUCUGGAGCUCGUUGAGAACAUUGAAUGUUAGUGGAGAUGCUUUUAGAAGCAGUUCGUUGGCGGGGAAAACUGCAGGGACAUUUCACUGUCAGAGGAGAAGAGAAGCCUUGGUCGUCCGCGUACGAAAUGGUGGACCUUCGAGUGAGUCUAAUGAUCCACCUCAUAAGAUGGCAUGGAUUGGAGGAUCGUUGUCCCGAGAUGAUUCUGAAGAAGCUAAAAAGAAAGCAGAAGAGAGUGCUUUAAAAUUACUUAUGGAGCUAAAAGAACAAGAGAUAAAGGAAACCGAAGCAGAGCUACAGCUGGAGAGACAAGCUGUGGUCCAGCUAGAGCGGGAACACAUUCAAUCUACAAUGUGGAACAAAUUUUUGCUAAAAGCGCGGGGUGAACUCAAAGGAACAAUGUGGGAUCCUGAAGAUUCACAUCCUAUCCCUUACAGUGAAUUCUCCAGGCUACUGGAUGAGGAAAGAGUCAACUAUCUGGAAUAUGCAGAAUUCGGGAAGGAUGUUGCAGUUGUUCUUCCCUAUUACAAAGAGGAUGAACCUCUGACUGUACAACUUGAGUCAAGCGAAGUGCCGUCAACCAUUGAAGAAGCUCUACAGAAAAAAGAGUUCCCUAGGGCUGACGAAAGGGAGAUUGUUUAUAGACGACACCCAGUGGAACAAAUGCCUGCAGAUGGGUGGGGUGAGGCAUGGACAAAGCUGCACAAACAGCUCUACCAUGUGGAAAUUAGACAACCAAACUCGCUUCCCGCGCAGCUAUAUCCUACAAUGGAAACUGCAGUAGUUUGGGGGAUGCGUGUUGCAUUGGCGUUGCUCUGUUACAAAUGGAUUGAUAAAAAGCUGUACCCUUGGUAUAAGCUUCCAAAUCCUGAGAAUCGACCAGUGUUUCGACGCCCCAAAUUGAGUGUAGACAACCUGGAACUUGGAAGCCUCGGUCAAAGUAGGGCAAGAUUUAUAUCAGCUGAGGAGAGUACUGGUGUUACAUUUGAUGACUUUGCGGGUCAGGAGUAUGUGAAACGGGAACUCGAAGAAGUGGUGAGAAUAUUGAAGGACGGCAAAGAGUUUGAAGAGUUGGGCAUAUAUUGCCCAAAGGGGGUUUUGCUCUAUGGUCCACCUGGUACUGGCAAGACGCUUUUAGCUAAGGCGAUUGCUGGAGAGGCAGGGGUUCCGUUUUUCUCUGCAAGUGGAUCUGAAUUUGUUGAGAUGUUUGUUGGAGUAGCAGCGGCAAGAGUCAGAGACUUAUUUGCAAGGGCACGUCAGUUUGCACCUUCCAUCGUCUUUAUUGAUGAGAUUGAUGCCAUUGGCGCUAAGCGUGGUGGACCUGACAUCGGAGGGGGAGGUGUUGAAAGGGAACAGGGACUGAUACAAAUUUUAACGGAGCUGGAUGGCUUUCAAAGCAGUAACGCUAAGGUAAUGGUAGUUGGAGCGACGAACAGGUUGGAUAUGUUGGAUCCUGCUCUGUUGAGGAAAGGUCGGUUCGACAAGACUAUAAGUGUUGGCUUACCUACAGAAGAGGGAAGAUUGGCUAUCUUGAGGGUUCAUGCGAGAAACAAAGGGUUCAAUUCCGAGGAGGAGAAAGAGGAGCUUUUGAAAGAGAUCGCCCAACAGACCUAUGAAUUUAGUGGUGCCGAGCUGCAGAACGUUUUAAAUGAGGCGGCGAUUCUUGCUGCGAGGAAGGAUAAGGACAUUGUUGAGAGGGCUGAACUUCUAGAGGCCCUGAAGAGGCAAGAGGGAACAUUUGCAACUGGGGAGGAAGACGUUGUCGAUGCUUCUGGAGAAGCGAGAAUGAGAAUAGCUUACAGAGAAGCUGCUAUUGCAUUGUUAGAGUGCUAUUUCCCAAACCCAUGGCGUCCAUUCACAAAGACAAAUGUUCGCAAUAUCGACACUUAUCCUAAUAUGGAGUUCUCUGAACCCAAGAACCGGGUUUUCUCGAGGAAAGAAGAUAUGGUGAAUCAUAUCGUUCGAGCCUGUGCGCCUAGGAUUGUUGAAGAACAAAUAUUCGGAAGGGAUCAUCUUUCUUGGAUAUCGGGCUCAGCUCUAGGAGAAGCAGGUGUGCUUGCAGAUUAUCUUAUAUUGAGAACAGGCAUGACUGCUUUGGGAAAAGUCUACUAUCGCACACAACAAGACUUGAUGAUACAUCUUGGGCCCAAAGUAGUGGCACUGAGAGAUGAAUAUAUGCGCUGGGCAGUUGAAAAAUGCCACUCCAUUUUGAAGGAAUACCGGUCUGCAUUGGAAACUAUUGCAGAAUUGCUGAUGGACAAAGAGGAAAUAACAGCUGCUGAAAUUUGGGAGAUAUUCAAGAAAGCACCACGCAUUCCACAGCCGGAGGUAAGACCAGUAGAUGAGUACGCAGCCAUCAUAUAUGCGGGACGAUGGGGCGUGCAAGGGAUCUCACUCUCCGGCAGAGCAACCUUCAAACCUGGGAAUAUUGGUUAUGUAACUUUUGCUGCCCCGAGACCUCAACAGUUGAAGGUUAUAAAGGACGAGACUUGGAGAAUGUUAGAUCAGAUGAGAGAAACGAACAUGGCUAAAAUUGCUGAGAAGUUUGAAGAGAAGGAGGAGGUCGGCACCGUCAUAUCUCCUCAACAAUUUUUGUAGUUUUGUCAAACUUAAAUAGAUAGGAGGAAAAAUGUCCAGCUUUACCUAUAAAUUGAGUUGUGUAGCAUACAAAUGUUUCUUAUCUUGCUCCUUCCAGAUUAACUCGAGUCGUUCGAAAGACAUCUUGUUUCAGUGUUCAUGCAUGUCGCCCACCUAUUGAAGACAAUCUUCCACCCUUACAUAGUCAAAAGGAAAAUGGGACGAAUGGAAUGUUAAACAGCUCACUGCGCAAUCUAGCAUCAUAGGAGCGACUGGUGAGUCAGUACCUUCGCACCGUUGAAUAACCAAUUCAUAUUUAUCUGCUUCGUG